GCUAGAAUGGUCUCAGAACUGCCGAGGGCUGGAGGGAAAGCAACGGGAGGGGCGGAGGGAGGGGAUUCGGCAGCUCCAGCUCAGCUCGCUCAGCGCACCCACGCCUCGCUGCCCAGCUUCCUGCCCCCGACCUGGGCAGGCGCCCCCUACCCCAUCGGCCCCCCAGAACCCGCGCCAUCCCCCGGAGCCUCCCCACAGCUGGCCGCGCAGGAUGGGCGCCCUCAGGUCCACGCUGCUGCCGCCGUCGCCGCCGCCGCCGCUGCUGCUGCUGCUGCUGCUAAUGCUAGGAAUGGGAUGCUGGGCCCGGGAGGUGCUGGUCCCCGAGGGGCCCUUGUACCGCGUGACUGGAACAGCUGUCUCCAUCUCCUGCAAUGUGACCGGCUACGAGGGCCCUGCCCAGCAGAACUUCGAGUGGUUCCUGUAUAGGCCUGAGGCCCCAGAUACUGCACUGGGCAUUGUCAGUACCAAGGAUACCCAGUUCUCCUAUGCUAUCUUCAAGUCCCGAGUGGUGGCGGGUGAGGUGCAGGUGCAGCGCCUACAAGGUGAUGCCGUGGUGCUCAAGAUUGCCCACCUGCAGGCCCAGGAUGCUGGCAUUUAUGAGUGCCACACCCCCUCCACUGAUACCCGCUACCUGGGCAGCUACAGCGGCAAGGUGGAGCUGAGAGUUCUUCCAGAUGCCCUCCAGGUGUCUGCUGCCCCCCCAGGGCCCCGAGGCCGCCAGGCCCCAACCUCACCCCCACGCCUGAUGGUGCAUGAGGGGCAGGAGCUGGCACUGGGCUGCCUGGCGAGGACAAGCACACAGAAGCACACACACCUGGCUGUGUCCUUUGGGCGAUCUGUGCCUGAGGCACCAGUUGGGCGAGCAACUCUGCAGGAAGUCGUGGGAAUCCGGUCAGACUUGGCCGUGGAGGCCGGAGCUCCCUAUGCUGAGCGACUGGCUGCAGGGGAGCUUCGUCUGGGCAAGGAAGGGACCGAUCGGUACCGCAUGGUAGUAGGGGGUGCCCAGGCAGGGGACGCAGGCACCUACCACUGCACUGCGGCUGAGUGGAUUCAGGAUCCUGAUGGCAGCUGGGCCCAGAUCGCAGAGAAAAGGGCUGUCCUGGCCCACGUGGACGUGCAGACACUGUCCAGCCAGCUGGCAGUAACAGUGGGGCCUGGUGAACGUCGGAUCGGCCCAGGGGAGCCCUUGGAACUGCUGUGCAAUGUGUCAGGGGCACUUCCCCCAGCAGGCCGUCAUGCUGCAUACUCUGUAGGUUGGGAGAUGGCACCUGCGGGGGCACCUGGGCCUGGCCGCCUGGUAGCCCAGCUGGACACAGAGGGUGUGGGCAGCCUGGGCCCUGGCUAUGAGGGCCGACACAUUGCCAUGGAGAAGGUGGCAUCCAGAACAUACCGGCUACGGCUAGAGGCUGCCAGGCCUGGUGAUGCGGGCACCUACCGCUGCCUCGCCAAAGCCUACGUUCGGGGAUCUGGGACCCGGCUUCGUGAAGCAGCCAGUGCCCGUUCCCGGCCUCUCCCUGUGCACGUGCGAGAGGAAGGCGUGGUGCUGGAGGCUGUGGCGUGGCUAGCAGGAGGCACAGUGUACCGGGGGGAGACUGCCUCCCUGCUGUGCAACAUCUCUGUGCGGGGUGGCCCCCCAGGACUGCGGCUGUCCGCCAGCUGGUGGGUGGAGCGACCAGAGGACGGAGAGCUCAGCUCUGUCCCUGCCCAGCUGGUGGGUGGCGUGGGCCAGGAUGGUGUGGCAGAGCUGGGAGUCCGGCCCGGAGGAGGCCCUGUCAGCGUAGAGCUGGUGGCGCCCCGAAGCCAUCGGCUGAGACUGCACAGCUUGGGGCCCGAGGAUGAAGGCGUGUACCACUGCGCCCCCAGCGCCUGGGUGCAGCAUGCCGACUACAGCUGGUACCAGGCGGGCAGUGCCCGCUCAGGGCCUGUUACAGUCUACCCCUACAUGCAUGCCCUGGACACCCUGUUUGUGCCUCUGCUGGUGGGUACAGGGGUGGCCCUAGUCACUGGUGCCACUGUCCUUGGUACCAUCACUUGCUGCUUCAUGAAGAGGCUUCGAAAACGGUGAUCUCUUACUCCCCAGGUCUUGCAGGUGUCGACGGUCUUCCGGCCCAGCUCCAAGCCCUCCUCUGGUUGCCUGGACACCCUCUCCCUCUGUCCACUCUUCCUUUAAUUUAUUUGACUUCCCACUACCCAGAAUGGGAGACAUGCCUCCCCUUCCCCAUUCCUUCCCUCUCAAGCCCCUCCCUCUGGCCUUCUGUUCUUGGUCUCAUAGGGAUCCUGUAGGGAGGCCAUUCCAUGUCCUGGAAUUAGUUUUUCUAAAAUGUGAAUAAACUGGUUUUAUAAAAAGCA